CUCCUACCCAUCAACAGGAAAUUAUCAAUUGUGUUCGACAUUUUCAAAUACAAUGAGGAAUAUGAGAAAUAUCAUUCAUCGUUUGUGAUAUGCAUGUAUGUAUAUGUGCAUGCCUGCAGAUGCAUUAAUUGGAAUAUGGGUGUUGUUGUUGCUGUUUUCAUGAGCUGUAUUGUAUCAUUCUUAUCACAGACCAUAUUUGCAUCUGCUGUUGUAACCAAUAAUUCAUUUGAGACAUCACUUGAUAUUACUAAAGGAAACUGCAAAGUACCAAAUGAUGUGAAUUGGCGUUGUUGUGCUAUGUAUUACUUACGUAAUGGAAUAUGUCAAGAAUGUCCCAAAGGAACUUACCGUUUCAUUUAUGAAACAGAAUGUAAAAAGUGUUCAAAAGGUUUUUAUGGUAGAUUCUGUGAACAACCAUGCGAAUGCAAGACUGGCGAUUGCGAUCCUGUAGAAGGAACCUGUAAAUGUGAAAGAGAUGACGCCGAAUGUAACCACGAAGAUCAAUAUCAACAUGGUGAGCAUGGAAUAAAUCCUGCAGCAAUAAUUGUUCCUGUAUUGCUCAUCUUAUUAUUGUCUGUAUCUACAGUUUUUUGGAUUCGGCUUUACAAGAAAUUUGUCUUGCAGCAUGGAGAAAAUGAGAGAACAAGACAAUUUGAAGAUCCCACGACGAUGUCAUGUCUUACACAUUAUAUCAAUAAAAUUCGAGUUCUAUUUAAAUCAGCCAGUAUUCCUGUGGAUCCCGAACAUCAUAACGAAGAGGGCAAUGACGAAGGUCAUUACUGUGACAUCAUGGAAUCCGCGAUGAUCCGGCCACUGAAUUCCAGAAAACUUUCGAUAGAUUUAGAAGACGAUAUUAUAAGCGACAAUUAUAAUCAUUUGAAGUUAAAAAUCGAGAGAAAGGUCCCAGACGUGUACUUUAACAAUGGCAAUAUUUACACAAAAGUCAAUAACAGUCAGAGUGGAAAGCAAAAUACUGUAGCGCUUCCUAAUUAUGACAGGAUGGAAUUAGACUUAAACUAGGCUCAAUAUCAUUAACACAGAUUUCUUUAGAGGAAAAGAUAAGGAAGAUAAAAUGAAAAAUUUGUAUUUCGUUGUUUAGUAAAAUUUUAAACAUA